AUGUCGACCUCAGGCUGUGUGGUGUGCGUGACUCGAGGGGCCGGCAGGCACCUGGUGGCUUGUGUCUUCCAUGUUUCCCAAACCCGUAAUCCAGUCCCUUCCCUGCUUCCACCUCCAGUAGCAGCUGGGACCCUGGCGUCUGAAGCUUGUGGGCAGCCUCGGGUGUCCAGUCGUAUCGUGGGCGGCCGGGACGCCCGGGCCGGAGAGUGGCCGUGGCAGGCGAGCAUCCAGCACCGCGGGACGCACGUGUGCGGGGGCUCGCUCAUCGCCCCGCAGUGGGUGCUGACGGCGGCACACUGCUUCCCCAGGAAGGCGCUGCCCGCUGAGUACCGCGUGCGCCUCGGGGCGCUGCACCUGGGUCCCAGCUCGCCCCCUGCUCUCCUGGCACCCGUGCGGAGGGUGCUGCUACCCCCGGACUACUCGGAGGACGGGGCCCGCGGGGACCUGGCGCUGCUGCUGCUGCGCCGCCCAGCACCCCUGAGCACCCGAGUCCAGCCCGUCUGCCUGCCCGAGCCUGGGGCCCGCCCGCCGCCUGGCACACCCUGCUGGGUCACUGGCUGGGGCAGCCUCCGCCCAGGAGUGCCGCUCCCAGAGUGGCGACCCUUGCAGGGAGUGAGGGUGCCACUGCUGGACGCUCGCACCUGUGACCACCUCUACCACCUGGGCACCAACGUGCCCCGGGUCGAGCACAUAGUACUUCCAGGGAGCCUGUGCGCCGGCUACGUUGGGGGCCAGAAGGAUGCCUGCCAGGGUGACUCUGGAGGACCCCUGGUCUGCAUGAAGUCUGGGCGCUGGGUCCUGGUGGGUGUGGUGAGCUGGGGCAAGGGCUGUGCCCUGCCCAACCGUCCAGGGGUCUAUACCAAUGUGGCCACUUACAGCCCUUGGAUUCAGGCUCACCUCAACAUCUGA